GUCUCGGCUCUCUCUCUCUCAUCUGCCUCUUCGUCUUCAGACUCACAGUUCGCUGCUUAGAGAGAGAAAAAAAUAAGAAAAAAAUGCCAUUUUAAUCCGAAAGCAACCUCCAUUUCGCUUUCUCUUCCUCUCUCUCUCAUCACCUGUUAUUUCUCAAAGAGAGAGAAAGAGAAGCAGCAUCAACAAUUCAAUUCUUUCCGAAAUUCUCCGCCACGCCCGCGCUCGAUUCCGUCAAAUGUUCGCUCGCAAUUUUCAGUUGCGCUUGCGAUUCAAUCACCUGAUCAGCUUAUGAUGUAAUCUGAGCUCGAGCUGUAAUCCUAUUCGAUUAGCAACAAUGCCAGGAGAAUUAAUUUCGUUGCAAGAAGACGAAAAGUCUAGAACUUUUGAUUUCGAAACCUCCGAGGACGAGAGGCGGAGACCUCGGAGCAGAUCUCUUAAGAAAAGGACUUCAAAUGCUUCCUUGAGAUUAACAAACACUCCUAGAAAGCGUGGCACGCGUGUGGCAAAUUGUCGCUACGCAUCGAUUUCAAUUGAAAAUGCUCGGGAUGCUGAGGAGGAAGAAGCUGUGAUUACGUUUCGCGAUGCAUUGAUUGCUAAAGAUAUGCUUCCGGCUCAGUUCGAUGAUUAUCAUACAAUGCUGAGAUUUUUGAAGGCGAGGAAGUUCGACAUUGAUAAAUCUUUUCAAAUGUGGGCAGAAAUGCUCAACUGGAGGAGAGAGUUUGGAGUAGAAUCUAUUGUGAAGGAUUUUGUGUACAGUGAAUAUGAAGAGGUUCAGCGUUUCUAUCCUCAUGGUUAUCAUGGUGUAGACAAGGCAGGGCGACCUCUUUAUAUUGAAAGACUUGGAAAAGUUGAACCUAGCAAACUAAUGAAUGUCACCACAGUGGAACGGUUUCUAAAAUAUCAUGUCCAGGGUUUUGAGAAGGCUUUUGCUGAGAAAUUCCCAGCAUGUUCUUUUGCGGCCAAAAAGCAUAUAGAUUCUACAACCACUAUUCUAGAUGUCCAGGGGAUGAACUGGAUGAGCUUUGGCAAGGUUGCACAUGACCUUGUUAUGCGCAUACAGAAAAUGGACGGUGAUAACUAUCCUGAGACAUUACAUCAAAUGUUUGUGGUAAAUGCUGGUAACGGGUUCAAGCUACUUUGGAACACAGCAAAAGGCUUUCUUGACCCGAGGACUACUGGAAAGAUACAUGUCUUAGGCAACAGAUAUCAAAACAAGCUUUUGGAAAUCAUAGACUCGAGCCAACUUCCGGAUUUCCUUGGGGGAACUUGCUCGUGUCCAAAUGAAGGCGGGUGCCUUAGGUCUGGAAAGGGACCCUGGAAUGAUCCAGAAAUAAUGAAACUGGUACACGUUGGAGAAACAAUGCACCUGAGGAAAAUCAAAGGUUCUGAUGAUGGCGACGAUGUCGGAAUCAAGCUGCUUACCUCUAAGAUUACAGAUAGUGAAAUAGUAUCUGCAGCUGAGUCAGGAUCAGAAAUGAGGUCAAGUACUUCUGCCUUCUUGCAGCUAUCAAAGUCUAACUCUGACGAAGAGAGGGCAACCGAGUCUGCUGCAUCUCCCUGCAGCCUAGUUGAAUCAGGCAGUACUGCAGGAAUAAUGGAAGUUGCUAACUCAAGUUUAACAAGUGAUUCACCCAUGAACUUCACCCCAAGAAGGUCGCUGAAGACAUCCAUUCCACAUGUAGCAAGUUUAACCGUUCACCUCAUACUCAAAAUAUUAACAGGCAUAUAUCUCAUAUUCCCAAUGUUAGGGAGGAUAUUUGCAGCACGUUAUUCAGAGAGCUGCUUAAAAACACGAUUCAAACCUCCGGCACUUGAAAAUUCAAGUUCUCAGGAACAACAGAAUUCACAGGGAAUAGAUGUAGGUCCCCUCUGGCAGAGGCUGCAGCAGUUAGAAGGAUUGGUUACCAAUUUGAUAAACAAACCUACUAAAAUUCCUCAAGAGAAAGAAGACAUGCUUCACGAAUCUUUAAGUCGCAUUAAAUCUAUAGAGUGCGACUUACAGAAGACAAAGAAAGCAUUGUUCGCAACAACAUCAAAACAAGUGGAGCUUGCUGAGUCGCUGGAAAGUUUAAAAGAUGACAGUUUAACUGGAUCAAACUCAUGUUGGCCAAGAAGUUGCAGUUACAACCACGACCCAGGAAGAUGAAUGCCAGUUUCUUGGGACAAGAGUAUACUGAUAUUGAUGGCCAACAAUGCCCGUUCACUCACAAAUGCAAAUGUUACCACAUCCGAGUUCACUGAGCCAAUUUUAAUGGGCUUGUCAUUUAAGGUUUUAUCGAGAGAAUGAAGAGUAAAGAGAAUAAAGCUGUUGAUUGGGGUCACGGAACUCAUCUUUACAGCGAAGAAAAGCGUUUUUAUAACCUUCUUGGUGUUUAUGUACAUAUUAUGACCAAUUUUUUCUUUCUUUCCCCCUUUUCGUUGUGAUACAGUAUAGUACUUGACCCUUUUGAAUUUUAUACCAAUAGAAAAUUUACAAAAGCAGAUUUUAC